CUUAAAGUACCAAUUAAUAAUCUCUCUUUUGAGGCCUUUUUUUAGUCACGACUUGCUUAGCGAAACGAAACGGUGCGUUUUAUGGCGUUUAAGAAGUUUUGGGUUGGCGAAAAAAGAAGAAAGGAAUGAAUGGCUGUCGUCUUCUCUCAUGGUUUGAGCUCUCCCCUCUCUUCUUCUUCGUUUCUUACUGCUUCUUUACAGUCAUCGAGUCUCACAAGACCUCCAUCAAAUUCAGUUUCAGUCUCAGCCUUCACGACACCGUUUCGCAUGGAGCUUGACAACAAUGAAAGACGACGUAAAUUUAUAGAAUUUCCGUAUGUGUCGUCCUCACAUAAAAAGCUGAUGGUGGAUCUUGUGUCCAUGGUAGAAACUCGUCUUGAUUCCCAGCUCCUUCCCUGUACUCUCCCACCUGAUGUGCAGUACUAUCAGAACCAGAAUGAUACUUCUCAUGCCUCUCUUCACAUCAGAUCUGGCCACCCAUCUUCUCCGAUUGAUUUCAUAUUAGGAAGCUGGAUUCACUGUCAGCUACCAACUGGAGGAGCAUUGAACAUAACAAGUCUCUCAACCUAUCUAAAAUCAUCAACAGACUCACCAAACUUCUUCAUGGACAUCAUUCGUAGCAGCCCUACAUCCCUAGUCCUCAUCCUCGAUAUUCCACCUCGAAGGGACCUUGCCCUCUAUCCAGAUUACCUCAAAAAGUACUAUGAAGACACCAACUUGGAAGCUCAAAGACAAGUACUUGAGAAAGUCCCUGAAUUCAAGCCUUACUUUUCUCCAUCUCUUUACAUCAGAGCAUUCGUGUCUCCUACUGUGAUCACAGCCAGAAUCGAAUCUGAUUCAGUGGAAAGAAUGGAGGAGAUUAUACAAGACCAUGUUGGUGUUGUUGCUAAGCAAGUGCUUGAAACUUGGCUGGAUACAUGUGCUGUUGUUGAGAAUGGAGAUGAAGUUGAUGAGAAUGAGAGAGAGUACCUUCAAAAGAGGGAUUUGUUGGUGAGGAGCAAAACAAUUGAGAUCGACUUGGCUUCGAGUUUGCCUCGUUUGUUUGGACCUGAAACCGCAGACCGAAUCAUUACCACUAUACAAAAGUAUUCCUCUGCAUCAUCCUCGUGAUGAUAUAUGAAAUCUAAUAUGUAGUACAAUACAAGGUUAUACAUCCAUAGCUUUUGAAGUGUAUUUGUAUUGUGAGUAUGUAUAUAACAUGUGUGUAAAUCUUUAUCUGACAUUGUUUUCCGACUAACACAACAUUACAACCCGCAACAACAAAUAGCAACUAGCAAAGCUUAAGCCAUUGGCAGAGGACGUCCUAAAUUACAAUUGAAAAAUAGGAUUCUCUUCUACAGUCUAGCUAGCUUCCAUUUUCUUUCAUAGGUACAGGAAUUGGAUAUUUAUAUAUACAUGAAAACGGAUCAUAAUUUUGAAUGGAGCAUAUGUUGUCCACGUACCUAAGCUAUAUGUAUAUGUUGUAUUGUAUUGUAUAAUAUUAUAUUGAAUUAUAUUAUGCUUUA